ACGCGCUGAUGCGCUAUCUAACAGUCACCUGUAUAUGUCUCGAGCUUGAAACACCCGUUUGAGAAGUAAUUUCGGCUCCAAAUGACGGAUCUCCUCCGCACCGUCUUCGUCUUGUGCACAUUGCUCGGUUGUUUUUAUUGCCUCGAUGAUCCGAAUAACGACAACAAUAAUCGCCGCGUGUUUGUUGGCCAAAACUGCCAGAGGGACCAUGAUUGCAUCGUAAAUGCAUUUUGCCGUGUACAACUCACCUGCCAAUGUGAACCAUAUCACUCGCCAAGUCUCGACCAGUCGAUGUGCAUCGCCACUGUCGGACGGACAUGCGCGAACGAAACGAUGUGCGCAUCGAUAAUGAAUGGGGAGUGCAAGCAGGGUCUAUGCGUCUGCAAGGAUGAUUUCCUCCUAGAUAUCACUAAUUCUUCCAGAUGCAUGAGAAGGCCCGUUAACAUCGGAGAUCAGUGCCAAUCGCAGGCGGCGUGUAAGGAUAGUUUUGGCUUCGCCAGUUGCAUCAACGAGAGGUGUGAAUGUUUCUCGGGCUUUCAUUACGUAAACGAGACAAAGACCUGUAUUAAAAGCAGAGGUUUAUUCUUGUCUUGCUUGAAUGACUACGAAUGCUAUUUGGACAAAAAGUCUACGGACGUCUUGGAGUGUAGGCAACACCAAUGUAUCUGUAAGGAAGGAGAGCAAUGCUAUUCUAAAGGUUCGCUGAUUACGGCCACCGGAACGCUUAUGAUGAUCUCGUUUUUACUGCAGCAACGAAUCGUUUAAUAGCGAUAAACAAUAGAGGAAAAUUGCUCCAAUAUACUUCCCGUUGAAAUUUUCUUCGUUGUACGACAUUUGAACGGCGCCAUUAUUCGAAAUGCAAGAUGGAAAAUAUGUCGGCCUUUGUGGCGCUUAUGCUCACGAAUUUUUUUUAUACAACUAAAUGAGCAACUUUAUAUACUUCUUUCAUAUUGUAUUUGUAUUUUUCAUGAAUGAUGAUACUCUAUUUUCUAAACAUAACGUUGAAAUUCAUCUUAACCUCUUC